ACCAAAACCCAAUCGAUUGAAUUGAAUACGAAGAGUUACGUUUCGUAAAUAGGCAAUGGCCAGAAAGCGCAACAUCGCCGUCCAAAAUCAACUCAACCCUCUCUCCACGGCGGAGGCGGCGGCCGCCACCAAGAAGCUGCGGAGGCUCCCCCACGUCUUCACCAGAGUCUUGCAACUCCCUCUCCCCGCCGAUGCUGACGUGUCCCUCCAUGAAGCCUCUAACUGCUUCCGAUUUGUUGCGGAGACACCGGAACUCGCACCGGUGGAGGCCCACAUCGUGCAAAUCCAUCCCGGAAUGACAAAGGUCGUCGUCAGGGAAACUGUCUCCUUGCGCAUUCCCUUCGAAGACCUCAACCUCGACGUCUGGAGGACCCGCCUGCCGGACUCCACGCGGCCGGACCUCACCACGGCCGCCGUGGUCGGCGGCGAACUCGUCGUUACGGUGCCCAAGAGCGUCCGUGAUCAGGAAGAUGGCCUCAGAGGCACGGACGCUGCUUCUACACCCGUGCUUGUACAGUGAUUUGUUUGUUCUACUUAACUCCAUCGUUUUAGUUUCUCACUUGCGUUACUAUUUUUGAAGGUUGUUCUUGAAUUGGAGAUACUGUAGUGUUUCUCUGCCGUUGUUUUUCUCCGAUAAAAUACACCUUUUUUUUUGCAUAGUAGUAGCACGUGAUUAACAGUGCUGUGUAGUUUUUAUGUUU